UGAGAAAUGAAGCCAACUGGCACGGACCCAAGGAUAUUAUCUUUAGCUGCUGAAGUUGCAAACAGUCCUGAGCAGAAUGUCCCUGUUAUACUGUUGAAAUUAAAAGAAAUAAUAAAUAGCACACCUACAAGAAACUCUGAGUUGAAGAAAAUCAAGCAAGAUAUAUAUUGCUAUGACCUUAUUCAAUAUUGCCUCUUGGUCCUCAGUCAAGAUUGUUCUCGAAUCCAGGGUGGUUGGUCUACAAUUUCCCAACUUACACAAAUAUUAAGUCAUUGCUGUGUAGGUUUGGAGCCAGGAGAAGAUGCAGAGGAAUUUUACAGUGAAUUGCUUCCAUCAGCUACAGAAAAUUUUCUGGUUUUGGGGAGACGAUUACAAACAUGUUUCAUCAAUGCAGCUAAGGGUGAAGAAAAAGAUGAAUUACUCCACUAUUUCAAAAUUGUGACUGAUUCUCUUUUCUGGCUAUUGGGAGACCAUGUUCAGCUUGUUCCAAAUGUACUACAAAGUAAUCAUUUCUUGCACCUACUACAAACUGAUGAUGUUCAAAUAGGAUCUACAGUCAUGACUAUGCUACAGAACAUACUACACAUCAACAGUGGCCAUUUACUCAGAAUAGAAGGAAAACACCUACAUUCAAUUUUAGAUGAAGUUGUGUUCAAGCUUUUGUCAACUCCAAGUCCAGUAAUAAGAAAUAUUGCUGCAAAGCUGUUACUACUUAUGGCUGAAUCGCAUCAGGAAAUUUCAAUCUUACUGAGACUAAGUGCCUGCUACAAAGGACUCAGAAGUCUACUAAAUAAACAGGAAAGUAGAACAGACUUUAGUCAAGAACUCAAGCAGCUUCGUGGCUUUUUAAAUCCUAAAGUGUCUCAAGAAGUAGAAGACCAGAAACUACAUAAAGCAGCAUGUGUGAUUCAAGCUUAUUGGAAGGGUUUUCAGACAAGAAAGAGAAUGAAGAAGCUCCCAUCGGCUGUGAUUACUUUGCAAAGGAGUUUCAGAACUAAGCGAACUAAGAAAUUACUGGAGCUGAAUAGGCAGAAAGAAGAAGAGGAACACAGAUUGCAAUUGCAACUUCAAAGACAGAGAGCCAUGAGACAAUCCCGAGAGUUACGAUUGAGUAUGCUUGAAAUAGUUCCUCCAGGUCAUGUGGAAAAACACACUCGAGAAAUAGAAGAGAAAUCUGCAUUGAUUAUCCAGAAACAUUGGAAAGGGUACAGAGAAAGGAAAAGAUUUAACCAACAAAGGCCAUUUCUUACCGAGUAUAAAGCAGCUGUCACACUUCAGAGAGCAGCUCUUAAAUUCCUGGAAAAAUGUCGCAAGAAAAAGAAACUCUUUGUUCCUUGGCAAGGACUCCAAGGACUCAGUGAUGCACACAGAGUUAAACUGAAGCAACAAGUGGAUGACUAUUUGAGAAGACACCCAAGCUCUCAGAUGUCAGAUGUGACCAGCAAAGAGCUUCAUGCCCAGGCUCAGGAACAACUUCAGCACUACUUUAUGGGCCGAGCCCUAGAAGAGCGGGCCCAACAGCAUAGGGAGGCUCUGAUGGCUCAGAUCAACACCAACAUUGAGCAGUUAAUAAGAGCACCAAGUCUGAAAGAAGCAAAGGAGAAAGAUCCUGAACUUUUCAUCAGUAGAUCCAGGCCUGUGGCAGCCAAGGCCAAGCAGGCCCAUGUCAACACCUUAAAGCACAUGCAAGCUCCGUGGUGGAAGAAGCUUGGAGAAGAACCAGGAGAUAUGGUUGAUGCCCCACAGGAUGAGCUUAGUGUAGAAUUAGAAACUUUAUUCAUUGGUGGAAUAAAACCCCCUUAA